GUUUUCAUCGCCGCGGCGGAUUAGCUUUGAAGCUAACUGUCGGUCGGUUGUUGUUGUGUAUCGGGCUUCAGCUGGGAUGAGGAAGGGGGCGGACGGAGGCCAUACUGACUGAGGCUGCAGCUGAAAAGGAAGCGAGACUGUCCAGUUCCGCGUUAAAAACACAACCAGAAGGAAUAAAACACGAGCUGUUUGGUUGUUGUUUUUUUCUUCUUUUCUGUUUUUUGGACCGCAGUUUGUUGAGCUCCUGUAGGAAGUGGAGAAAUGUGGCUAGCUAAUGCUUUACGACGAGCUCAGACCUGAAGCUUACCAAGAACCGCACCAGACCACAACAGACCAGACCUGACCAGGUUGAGCCCAAUUAUUCACAGUCUCCCUCUCCCCCCCCCCUUAAUUUAUUGUGCUGAUCGGACAACCUCACACCACUGGGACUGGACAGGAGACCCAGAGGUUCCCACCACUGGAGCUCUAAGCUGUGCCUGGCAAUGCCUCAGCCCAGCGUCAGUGGGAUGGAGCCUCCCUUUGGGGAUGCCUUUCAGAACUACUCGAUUGCUGACCAGGCUCUGACCAGCACUGAGCUGCUCGCCACCAGCUCUGACCCAGAUUUCAUGUACGAACUGGACAGAGACAUGAGCCACCAGCAGAGCCCCUGUGGGGACAGCAUUGUGGGGGUCGGGGAUGGAGGCAAGGAGGUUGAGGGUUGCGUGGACCAGCUAAUGGGUCUGGGUGAAUGUGAGACAGUCUGCAGCAGCUCGGCGUUCGAACAGUGGGACUCCUACUGGGAAGACCUCACCAGAUACACACGGCUGGCCAGCUGUGAUAUCUGGGGCACCAAAGAGGUGGACUUCCUGGGAUUGGAUGACUUCUCCAGUCCUUACCAGGACGAGGAGGUGAUUGGUCGAACUCCGACGCUGGCUCAGCUCAACAGUGAGGACUCACAGCCUGUGGGUGAGACGCUCUACCCUCCCGCUGACCUGAGCUUGCCCCAGACUCAGUCAUCCCAGCUUCCCUGUCACAGUAAGACUCUCCUGGUCCCCGGCCAAGGAUCAGGCCCUGGCUCUGUUCAACCUUCACCAAGCUCCACAUCCUCUUCCCGUCCUUCGCGCAGCCUUCUCCCGGACUUUCCUGAAGGCUCCCAAAGAGCAACCAGACCUGUUCCUUCCAGCACUGAGACUAUGGCUAAGACUCAGAGCCACCUCAGUCUCACCCAGGACCAUGGUCAUGCUCAAAUAAAGCCCAUGGUGCGUGGAACCAAAAUGGGAGCCCCAACUUCCUACAGCUCUGACUUUGUACGCAAGGCUAAAGUCCGUGUCAGUGCUGUACAUAAGACCCAAGCGGACAUGCCUCCCCAGACGGAUUUUGAGAGGUCAGAUCCCAUUCUACCUCUCUCCCAGCCUCGAGUUGAGAAAGCCUCUACUUCAGCAAGUGCCGCCUUAGUGGGACUACCUGGUGCUGCCGCCGCCAGCUGUUCGGGUGGCCUGGCGAGCUUUGAAAGGAGAGUAGAGGGGACAGCGAGGAGAGAGAUGCCUGUAGGCAGGUCUGCCACUGUGCCUCAGCUGGUUGAGGCGAGCCAGGCUCUGGAGACCAGCACCUCUGGGCUGGUGAUCAGCGAUGGUGUUUGCAGCGGGGCUGGCAGUCUUUUGGUUGUUGAGGGUACGGAGAAGACCAAGGAAGAGGAGCACAACUACUCUCUCUUCAUGACCCGCAGCAGACUGGGCAGCAGAGGCCACCCGCAGACAGAGGAAGAGGAUGAGGAGGAUGAGGAGGAUGAGGAAGAGGCAGAGGCAGAGGAAGAGGAAGGAGAUGGGUUGGAGCUAGAAGACGAAGACCACGAUGAGGGUUUUGGCAGUGAGCAUGAGCUGUCUGAGAAUGAAGAGGAGGAAGAAGAGGAGGAGGACGAAGACUACGAAGCAGACAAGGACGAUGACAUGAGUGACGCCUUCUCUGAGCCAGGCUGUGACAUGGAGCUGAUGGAGGACAUUAAAGGGCUCACAGCAGGAGUCUCCAGCCGAAAGAGAGGAAAGCGCCGCUACUUCUGGGAGUACAGCGAGCAGCUCACCCCCUCCAAACAGGAACGCAUGCUCAAGCCGUCCGAGUGGGACAGACACACGCUGCCUAGCAACCUGUACCAGAAGAACGGGCCUCUCCACGGAAAAUACAUGCUGAAGAAGUCUCGCCGCACAGAUGUGGAAGACCUGACUCCCAAUCCACGCAAGCUGCUGCAGAUCGGCACAGAGCUUCGUAAACUGAACAAGGUGAUCAGCGACUUGACUCCUGUGAGCGAGCUACCACUGACUGCACGGCCACGCUCUCGCAAGGAGAAAAACAAGCUGGCCUCCAGAGCUUGCCGUUUAAAAAAGAAAGCCCAAUAUGAAGCAAAUAAAGUGAAGCUCUGGGGACUCAGCACAGAGUACGACCGGCUGUUGUUUGUGAUCAACGCCAUCAAAGAGGAGAUAGUGGAGCGAGUGGAGGACUCUUCUCCGCGUCCAACCAACAUGUCUGACACUCUGGAGAGACUCAUAAAGGAGACACUUGUGCCAUCACCUGUUGCUGGGCAGACUUCAGACUUCGUCAACAAGAUCUUGGAGAACACAGGACGCGGCGAUCCCACUGGCGGACUGGUCGGCCUGCGAGUCCCCACCUCCAAAAUCUAGACAGGCCGCCUUCCACUGAGAGCAGUGGACUCAGUAUUAUGAUCGUGCUGUCCUGUUGUAACUAUGCUCCCCUCUGCAUGCCCCUACAACCCAGACUUUCAUGCACAUUGUUAGUCACACAAACACACAUACCACUUCCUGUGUGUAGGUAUGUGUGCUUGUUUUUGCCAUGUCAUCUGUAUGGCAUACACCCUAGCUUUCUGGCUCUGCGCACUGCGUGCAGAAUCAGCGCAUCACAGUUCUCCCAACUCAUUGUGAACGUCCGUUGGGGGGGAAAAGCGCCUCUAAAAGCAAGUGAUGGUUAGGUGUAUAGCUAAUAGCACGUCCUAAAUCCACUGGUGAUGAUUAGAUGUGUUUAACAUAGCAUUGUGUAGGGUUGUUUUUGUUGGAGGCUGAGACAAACAGCCGCAUGAGCGUAACCACUGGAAUACUUUCACACGUUUGUUUGAGGUUGUAGUGACAAAGGACGAAUUUACAUGAAAAAAGUUCCAGUUAUCAUUUCUCAGAAGACUUUCACCUCACAGGGCAACAAAAGUGGACUUGAGGUUGUCAAAUGAACCCAAUCGAGUAAAGCACCUUGAUGAAAAUGGCCUUGUAAGCUGCAGUGGAAAAAGCGGCUUGUUCCGAGGCGUUACGGGGUGGCAAGAAAUAUUUUGUAUUGAAGGCCUAAAUAUGUUCAUGCCAUCCCUGCGAAACAAUAAAGCUGAGAGUUAUCAUUAGAGCUUUUAUUAAGCGAGAGGCGUCCUGCUGGUUUGAAGCUCGUGUCAGGCAGGAGGAAGCUUAACGGCUCAUAGUUGACCAUGUGAAGAGGAAGCGCAUGUAGCAUGGUGCUUUUUGGCCUUUGUGCUGGUUAUAACUGGACUGCGUGGAACAGACCAGUGUGGGAUCAGACAGAAAGUGAGGAAGAUGAUGAUGGUGGUGCUGUUGGCGGCGAUAGAGAUGACAUAAACAGUGAUCCAUCUCCUCCAGGAAACUGUAAAUAACUGUGUCUCCCAGCGAACGGCACCGGCUUCCCUUUUUUGUACAGUAGAGAUGACCAGGCAGUUUGGUGUGUUCAUACUAGUGUUUGAUCAGAGUUCUAUUCAUUGUGCCUUGUGUAUGUAUGUGUAUGUGUGUGUGUGUGUGUGUGUGUGUGUGUGUGUGUGUGUGUGUGUGUGUGUGUGUGUGUGUGUGUGUGUGUGUGUGUGCGCGUCUCCGUAAGAGUGAGUGAGUGUGAGCGGGGCUGAACGAGGAGAGGUGAUCGGCCAGAACUCCCAGCCUAGGAAAGGACUACUUAUAGCGAGUGCGAUGAGGGACACGCUGGUGGAGUUUGUUGUGUCUUUCAGCUGUUUCGAAGAUAUUCUGAAUGUACAUAAACAAAUGGAAGCUCUUGUCGCGUGAUGCCACAGAGUCUGUGUAUAUAGGAGGGCUCUGCAAUAGAUUACUUUUGGUUUUUGGUACUUUCGUCUUUGGGGAUUUUGGGGGGGGGUUUAAGGAUGACAGAUAUUUUUCUUUUAGAGUUACAAAAAAAUAUUUGCACACUAUCUUUUGAUUAUGUUUUGUACCAAAGACACAUGCAACGAAAUGGCGACCAGCCAGUUAAAGUAAGGUUUUGCACAGCUUACCUGACGCCGUAUUGAAUGUAAGAUUUGUGGGAGGGUCAGGGACUUCAUAGAACUGUGAAAUUAGCUUGGGUCCAAUUCUGUACAGAAAAGGAACAUUCAUUUGCUUCUUCUUCUUAUUAUUAUUAUUUUUUGAAUCUAAAAUUGAACCCCUCUGUUGGCUUCUCCAGUAGAUUUAUUGCUUAAGGAAGCCCUUCAUUCCUGAACUGAUUCCUCCCUCCACCUGCUCAUUGUGUUAAUGGCGCUAGCUAGGAUGAAUACCAAGAGUGCUACUAGAUAAGCUAUGUUACAAUUUUCUUUUCUUCUUCUUCUUUUUUUUUGCUUGUUAAAAUUUCUCAAACAGUAACCAAAAUCUUGUGUUCCUGUAUCACUUGUUUGAUUUCUGUAUGUAGAUGAGGUCUAUAGACAAAUAUAUUAACUGAAUAUUGUACAUAGAAACAUUAAUGAUAUAUCUAUGAAUGGUGAAACGCCACUUUUCAUGACAAUUGAUUCAUUUUUAAGCAUGACACAUUUCUAAAGCCUAUCCUUGCUUUGAGAAAGUUAGAGUACAACAAAAAACCCAACAGAAAAACCAAAAAAACAUGCUCUUGUUAUAUUUUUGUAUUUUAGCUGCCUGCUAGAUUUCCCGUUGGUUUGGGAGUGUUUGUUGGUCACAGGUGGAGGUGUUUGGCUGAUGGUUUGAUCUAUAAGCUCCACCCUUUCUGUUAUUCUUAGCUGGCUGAUUUGAAAUACAGAGAAUCAAGACAGGAUUUAUAUAAAACACAAUGCCGCGAAGUGCUGGUCUACUUUGAGGGGUCUGUGAGGGGGAACGUUGAAGUGGCGCUGUCGGCGGUUCUAGCGUGAGAGCAGAUAAGGAGCGAGAUACAGUGUUGUGUCAGAUGGUGUAAGAAAGCCAGAGCCAUCUGAGUGUGGCUGAUCUGGAUUCAGCGCUGUCGUUUAGAUUUUCAUGCAUACAGCAGCGUGCAAAAGUCUCGGCGCAGAUGAUCUAACUGAUCUAAACAAACAAAAAAAAGACGAGCAAUGUAAAGAACUCUAAUCAUGCAAAUUAAUAAUCUACAUAUAAUACUCGGAAUCAGUGUAACAACAAUUUUAAAAAAAAUCUGGUUGACACUCAUUUUUACUCCAAGCGGCAUCAUUACUGCCACCCACUUUGCUGAGGAAAUUCAGCCCUAAUAAGAAAGAAAAUACACUUAUCAGGCUACAGCUUCACCUUUUGGUGUCAUUUUGAUAUAAGAGGAAAAUAAAAAGAUAAUCAUUCCAUCUUUAACUUUAUGCCUUUUCAUAUUAGUCCGCUAUACAGAGUAAAACUUGCCCAGACUUUUGCAUGCUGUUGUAUUCUGUCUUGAAGCAUGAAUUGUGUAUUUUCCUGAGAUGGUCAUCGCUGCCUCUGACCUUGCUUUGCUGAAUUGAAUCUCCAUUAGUCAUAUCCUUCCUGACUGGUCACAGACAUAAAGAAUAACUUUGGUUACCAGUUACGGUAAAGUCCUUUAAGGAGAUGCUACCUAUUCUGGGAAUGUUUCACAAUUCAAGCAGAAUUGAUUUAUUUGGAGGUCAUAUUAAAACGAGAAAAAUGUGAAUUUGACAAAGCUGAAUUCAGACUGGCGUGACGUGAGUCUGCUGAUGAUAAAGUUUGUGUUGUGUGACUGAAUAACAGCUAGUGCUACACACACACACACACAUAUAGAUUUUUUUACUGUUUUCCGUUCCGUCUAAAAAGGGAGAAAUGGUGCUUUUUCUGAAACUAGAAUGACGAGUAUCCAUGAUUCAUAUUUGAUUCUUAGACUAGUUGUAGCCUAAUGACUUGCUCUCCCCUUACCGUCCAUAGCUAUUUUCUUAGUAGUGAUUCAGUUUUGUAAAUAAACUAUAAGUUAAUAUGUAUCUUCUAAAUGUUAAAUAUAUGUAUAGAAUACUCUAUCUUAUAUGUUUAAAAAAACCGAAAGCACUUUGUCCAAAAAAGAAAAAAAAAAACAAAAACAAAAAGAAAAGAAAAGAAAAGAAAAGAAAAGCAUUUUUUUCUCUUCCAUUUGCUGCUAAAUGGCCUGGCGUGAAUGCUGCAAGUGUACUUGACGACUACUUGCUUGGAUAGGUCUAUUGCCUGACUCUGCUAGGUCUGUAAACUAGCGAGGGGCAGGUGUACGACCUGACGAGGGUUAGAUCUGCACAUUUCUGGAGCCAUGACAUGAUAUGAGCGCACAAGAGCGUACCAUUGCAUGGCUUUGGGAAGCCCAGUGUCUUGACAGGAUAGGUCUAUUUCCUGGUCAGGGACCGAGUGAAAGUAUGUUUGUGGUCUUAAAAGAAAACAAAAAUUAUUAAAAAAAAACCUUAAAAAAAAAAAACAAGAGGGUUUUGAUUCCAGGGCCCCUACGUUGAUCUUGAUGCUGACCCCCUUGGCGUCACGAUUCAUUUGCCUUCAGUAGAGGUUUCCUAUGGAAAAACUGAUUCUGCUUUGGCUUCCUCUUCAGGGUGAUGUACAGUGUAGACACAUUUCUUCAGAGAGCUAUAUUGUUAUCAUUUGUAAACUGAUUUCUACUUGUGACUUAUUGAGGAGGAGGGUUUAGCCUGGGGCGGCCAGGAAGAGCUUGUUUGAAAGACGUUGCUCCCGGCCGCCUUGGGGGAAGUUACUAUAUCACUGUACUGUAUGGCAAGCCAAUUACAAAUGGAGACUCAAUCCGGACACUUAUUGCCUUCUUAAAUAACUUUUCACACACAAACAAAAAUAACAACAUGGCAGACAAAGUCGGCUGCCCAGAGUGGGGGGGGGCCUAACAUUGUUCUGCCGAUAUGGUAAACAACAACAACAACAAAUCAAUUCAGCCUGACUGGCUCAAAACAACCUUGACUAAAGUAGCAGACGUGAUGAAAUGUAUCUGAAAGAAAAUGACUCCAAAGGUUUGAACUGCUUUGGAAGCGAUGCUUUCGGGUAUAAUUUCAUCCAGGUCUGGCAAGGGGUCAGCAGUGGUUGAAGGGCCGCUGGUUGACGGCCGGCUGACAAGAGAAGCGUGCGUGUGUUUUGCUGUCGAUCACAAGGCUGGUUACAAGAAAGAGUCCUCACAGGUUUUUACAUUUAACAGAAUAGGCGCAAGCUGUGCAACUUUACAUUCAAACCAGGAGACUCUGUGGCAUUUUAACAGUUAAGGAAAUGAGUGAAAAUCCACGCCAGUAAAACUAUUCCUUUUAUUCUUUUCUGUUUUUUUUUAAAUUUUUUAUUUCUGAUUACAUAAAUCCUAUACAGUCAAAUAUUAAGCUAAUAGAGUGUGUAACUUUGUGCUACUCUUGUCCAAUAAAAGCUACGUGGAUCCAUAAAGCUCUUCUUCAGCAAAUCAGGGUAAUAUCGUUCUUCUAUCUGACAUAUGUGAUGACAUAUAUAAAAAUCAAAAGAAAGUAUAUUUAUGUAUUCCAAUUAUUGUCGCCAUUCUUUACUCUGUACAAAAUAUUGUGCGUACUGUAUGUGUGUGAGAGAGAGUGUGUGUGCGUUAUGAAUCGUUAAUGUCAAUCACUAUGGUGCAAUGCUCUAUAAAAGUUAAAAGCAAAGGCCAACAGACUUGUUACAAAAAAACUCACAAAAUGUCACCGUUUUGUCCAAAUUUGGUCUUCUUGCAAACACAAUCUGCAGCAUCUUCCUCUCUGAAUGGUUUCCACUCUGAUUUCCAGUCGUGAUCCAGCUGGGGUUUGUCACAUGGUGCUGAUUACGUCUCGUUGUCCCGAGAAAUGCUACGAGGAUUUAUAAAAAAAACAAAAAAAAAAGGCACCCGUAUUCAGAUGUGUUUACAGAAAACACUCCAUGUGACCAUUUCAUUCAGUGUAACUAUGAUCAGAUCAGACUUCCGCCCAGAUCACUUUCACUGACUCACUGUCGGACCAAUCAGAGGAAGAGUUGUACUGUUUCUUGUUUAAAACAACAACACCGCUUCUGUGCUAUCGACUUGUAUGAUCGUUAUUGUUAAGCGUACCAAUACUUCUUUUGUAAAAGCCAGUCUCACGGAUUUGAUACCACCGCUCAAAGCCACAGAGGUUCUGUUAAAGAUCACGUGGAUGUAGCUUCAUUCAGAAAGAGCAGUUUUGAAUGAGUGCAAUUAAGUGCAUAGAAGUGCUCUUGAGAUGAUUUUUAAUAGGGUAAUGCUUUGUUUUACAGUGUGUAAUAAUUUCCAAAAAAAUGUCCAGUUUCCUCCAGUACAGCUUUGUGUAAUUUGGUGCUAAUUCAGGAGAAAGUAUUGAAAUCAUAAACUUCCAGUUAUAUUAUUGGAGUCCAGCAUGUCAGCUCAAUGUGACAUUUAUCUAUAGCCAGAAUUAUAACCAGUGAUUAUUUACUUGGACUAAUCAGUUUGUCUACAUGUAAACUCUUUUUUUUUUAGGUUUUGCUUCGUGCUCAUCGUCUCGGUUUAUUGGCUGCAGUAGAUGGCUGUCUGCUGCAGCCAACAACCGGUAGAGACCAAAACAGAGCUACAAGGACAGUCAUGUGACCAGUUUUUCUUUGUUUUUAAAAAAAAAAGAUCUUAUUGUUCCCCUUUAUUGGUACCAAAGUACAUAUGGUAAUUGUUUCCAGGAAGCUUCUUACCCUGUAAAAUAGACAUUACCAUAAAAAAUCAUUACAGGAAUAAAAAUGUUAAAUGACCUAACCUCGGACUAGCUGUGCUGUCAGGUCUAAGAGUCUGGCUUUGAGGGUUUUUUUGUGUUUUGUUUUUUGGCAUUUCAAAUGUAUAUCCUGUCUUGUUUGAACCCUUGUUGCUUGUACAAACAAAACAAAAACAUGUACUACUACCCUCCACAUUUUCCCCUAAAAUGAGAACGCAGCUGUCUCUGCAUGGCGAUUCCCUGCAUAGCGCUGAGAGAAUCAAGUCUGUGAGUUCCUCGCAGAUCGGGAAGAAUUCAGGAAAGGGUGUUCAUUGUCACAAAGUUGUUGCAUGGCUUUUUGGGCUCUCUGUACGCUCUGUUGUAUGAUUUCAUACUUGCUGCUAUUGAAUGAGCACAAAGAGACAUCAGAUUUUGGUUUAGGGUGUCCAUACCACAGUUACAGUAUAUUUAUACCACACAUACCUGUUGGGGUUUUUCUUUUGUUUGGUUGGGUUUUUUUUGUCUCCCCAAUCUUUCUUUUUUCCCUCCCUGUGGCAGUUAAAAGACCAACAGCAUUACUCACCUUGCACUUGGUUUGUACACUUAGAAGGAAAAAAAAUAUUUUGAAUAUGAUGCCUGCUGAACCAGGUGCCUUAAUCAGUUAUAUGAGAACACAAAUCUGCACCUUCUGUCAGUCUGGAGGGGGUUUCCCUACAGAAACCAGGGACUGGGUUUCCCAAAACCUAAACUUGAAGUUCAAUAAUGAAAUGAAAACCUCAUCUGAACCCUAAAUCAGUGCAUUUUAUACAAUAGUCAACCUAAGAGGCAGAUGAGAGCCGUUAGUCAUGUCUCGAUCGUAGAAUAGCCUUGCUGAAGAAGAGCAGAAAAGACAACCUGUAAAUUGAAUUGUUUUGGGAAACCUGGUUCUGUUUUGAACUCUUUCUCUGCCCACUAUGCCACGUUAUCGUGUAUUCUGCAUUGGCUGCUGCUGCUAUCACCGCUGGUGUGUCCGCGUAGAGAAGAGCAAACGUCCACUGUGUCUGAGACAGAGGGAGACUUGGGCCUGCUUUUUACCUAGACAAUUAAAAUGCAUUCUUCUUCUUCUAAGGUUUCGACACGGAGCACUCUGUUGCUACCUUUUGAGACCUUGUCGAGACAGGAAAAAAAAAAAAUAUCCCAAAUAAACGCGAACUUUCCAUUUCUUAACUUUGCUAUAAUGAAGUGCCAGACCCUCCUUGAAGUCAGUGUUGGCACUGAGUCGCAGGUUGCGAAUGAAGCGACAAACUGAGCAUGGAGGUACACUGUGGUGCUAAUCUGUCAGUGGCUGGGUGCUAACAUGGCUGUGUUAAAUAGCUGUAUUAGCCAUAUUAUUCCUUCUGUUGAUGACUCUGGUCAGUCUUGUGUUUCUGACUUCUGACCUGCUGUAUGCUGAUAUAGCGAGGUAUAUAAUUCUGCUGCUGCUGCUUUGCUGAUGAAUGUAGACUAGUCUUCCUCAGCAGGAUCAUACAGACAGACGAGCGUUUGGCAGAGCUUUUCCUGUUGUCUCAACAGAGGGAGACUCUUUGUCAUCAGGAUCCAGAAAGAUCAUGAAUGUUGUAUCUUUUAAUGGCUGCUGUCCUGCUUGUGUGUUUCAAUCUUUUUUUUUUUAUUAUCAAUAUGGUUUGAUAUUUAUGCUCUGACUCUAUCAAAUGUUGCACUUUUUUUCCCUAAAUUAUAUUUUAUUGUCAUUUUCUCUGAUCCCAGUGUUCUUGCCAUUUCUUUAUUUAUUUGUUCGGUCCUUUAAUUUAACAAUGCAAGGAGACAGUGAUUGGAGCUAGACUUUAAAGCUUUCCACUAAAGCAGUCUUUACCACAAGUCAGAGACUUGUCAUGAGAUUCACAGAUCUUAAUCAAAGUCACAAUGAAACUAGAAACUGUUCAUACAAAAAUUAUAUAUAUUUAUUUUUUUGACAAAGAUCCAAUUAGUAUAGAAGAGAAUUGGGACCACUGGAAACAAUCUUCAAGUUUUGACUGGGGAAAAAAAGAAGAAGAAAAAAAUCAAAAUCAUGAGCAAAAAGUCUGGAAAAAAAACUGGGAAGUAUAUCUUAAUUUUUUCCCUCAACCUAUUCUGUAAAUAGCUUUUAUGUACACACCUGUAAUAGCAUCUAGAGAUGUAAAUGUCACUAACUAAUGCUCAGUUAGAUUUAAAUAAACUGAGCUCACCUAUCACAAAUUGGAAAAUAGACACUUUAACAUAACGAUUACAAACUUAAAAAAAAGUCAAAUGUGAAUCUAACUAAAAUUAAGGAAUUGUCCUAUAUUAGUUAUUACUUACAAAUAUUUACUCUUUUUGUGCAAAUAGAGUUAUGAUUGGUGUGACUGAGCUUCAUGAGAUAUUCUCUGCUGACAUGUACCCAGACAUCCUCUUGCAUAAUAGUCUAAUAAUGACUCCCUCCAUUAAAGGAGCAUUGCAACCAUUUUUAAGUUGUAGAUGAUUUGUUUUCUUACUAUAACUUGGCUGAGAAGUUUGAUGUCACUGCAGCCAGCAGCCAGUUAGCACAAAUACUGGAAACAGGAGACAAAGUAGGGCAGUUCUGCCAGUACUUUAUAGUCACAAAUGCACGUUUGUUUUUUUAGGUGAUAUAGAUAUAUAUGGGGACUCUCUUUUGGCCAGGCAACCAAAAGAGACUUCAGAUGUUUGCUGUGAUUAGAGAUGGAGACUGAAAAUGAAACUUUAAGCAGAUUUAAGACUGAAGGUGGUCUAAGGAGAUAAAAAUAAUUCAUUAUUUUCUAAGUAAACCGGUCCAAGUCAGACUACAGUUUCAUUGUGAGUUUGAAUUAUCGCUGUCUGUGGGGCCCAUGAAGCGGAAGUUUAAUAAGUCCUGAGAAAAGCUCGGUGGGUCACCAGACUGAACCUUGCCUUUAGGUGACUCUUUGGUCAUGACUCUGGGCUGAGGUUCAGGUGCUCCACCGCCACGGAGCUGAGGUCAGGAGUUGGCUUGCUUGCGGUCUCUAACUUUUGGUGGGGAAAAUUUAGUUUUAAGGAAGUAAAACUUUACCACUGCGCCAGAGAUGUUUUGCCCCUUCUAGGUGCUUUUUUUAUUUUAAUUUUUAUCAGAGGGGCUUUGGUUCGCAGUUGUCUUGUCAGGGAACCCCUGAGAUUAGCCAGGGGCCACUAAAGGCUGGUGGGCAGAGACCCCUCACCUUCCCCUUUGCAAUGAAUGAUGGGGAAGGGUUAAUCUCCUCUUCCAGCAGACUGAUUCAAGCAAACAACCACCCACACUUAAUAAUAAUAAUAAAAAAGAAAACCCCUCUUUCUAUUUCUACAUACGUCCAACUCAUCAUCCAAACACUGCAAUGAUUUACAUCUCCUUCCAGACUUGCCAAAAUGCAUGAAGCAAGAGACAUUUACCGAAAAAAGACGGCAUCUGUUUGGUUACUAUUCUCUCUUUAUAAAUUUUAAUAAUGACAGACAGACGGAGGAUUAUAAUAGGAAAUCCAUACAAGUCCAAACAUGUAGCGGAUGUGGAAGGUAUCGGCCAUACUGAGCUCCACAGCUACAUGCCAUUGUUACGAUGCUUCUGGUCUUGUAUGGUAUUUGACUCGAUCAACAGCAUGGGAUCUUUCUGUAGUUAGUCCUGUGUGUGUUCCUCUCCCCAGUCUCAGUAGGAGGGCUGUACUUCAUUGCUAAGUGCUCUAUAAUAGAUCUCUUGGUGAUUAUAAUUUCAUAAAGAAGCAAAACCUGCAGAAAAAGUGUAUCCUGCUGAAACUAACUUGAUCCUCUCUUUAGCAAUGACAUCUAUAUUUGUAGUUCACAUAUAUGCCUGUUCAAAUACAAUAUCUUGACAGUUGCUAUAUUUAUGUUGUGUAAUAAAUGUUGUGCUGGGUUUAUACUUUUGUUUUGACUAACUUUUUGUUUAACGUUGUAUUUUUAUUUUUUAUUUUUUCUCUUCUUGGAGGCACAGUGGGUGGCUUUAUGCACAGGCAUGGAAAAGUAAAAGACCUUUAUUUUAUUAUUAUUAUUUUUUGGUUUGUACUGUAACAGCCCGAUUCUCUUUCAGAGCUUCUGACAGUUUUUGUCUCUGGCUGCUCGACAUUCUGCAGACACCUGCCCUGAAUCUCUGUUGUGUAAUUGUGCCUCUCUCUUUAUUUUCUGUUCUCCUUCUUCUUCUUCUUUUUUUUUUUUUAAUCGUUUUUCUCUGUUGUAUCAACCAGGAGUUGGUACCACAGCUCUGCUUGUAACCAUGUUUGUCUGAUUAUGUUUAUUGAUUUUAAUAUCAAAACAAUAAAACCAUUAGCACCCCA